AUGAUACCGGUAUGUCCCCCGGUAUCAUAUCCAUUCUCCUGCCUUGAUUCCUGGAAUGUUUUUUUUCUCAGUCUAUGCAGUCAUCCGAUCCCUUCCAAUUACGAGUGGGUACCGUGCUCGAGUACUCGUAGACUACGAGUAUCGGCCAUUGUCAACACCCAGUUCUCCCGCAGCAUGAUAAAUUUAUCCAACCUUCCCAACCCUCCUUCCCCGAUGGUAAUCGCCACCAUAUCGCUCGGCCGGCAGUGGGGCAUAGUGGGAUUUAGAAUCACAAGCCGCGAAUCACCAGUACGAGUACAGUACCACAGCAGUAAUCCCUGCCAGCACGGCAGGAGCAUUAGCCGAGAUACAUUGUACUCGAGUACGAGUGCGGUAACGUUAGACUACCAAAACUCUAACAGCGGGAUGCCGUACCACCUCUACGUACUGGAUUCCGCACUCUAGGCAUCUUGGGCACCGGAAAGUAGUGAGGAAAGAAACUUGGACAAAUACGUGGAAAAGGUCUUGUUUGUAGAGUAGAUAUCGUACAUAGCCUGCAGCGCCAAUUGACCGGGAAGGUGUUUA